UGUAAACCUUAGUGUGUACUCUUUAAGCUUUCAUGCGAUACGGUUCAUCUCUAUAAAUUCCCACAUUUACAAUAGGAAAGGCAAAGUUAGGCUCACAGUUUGAUUGCAGUAUAUGCUCAAAAGUGACUCCAUGGAAUUCCAGAAGCCGUCGAGGGAUGUGAACUUGAUAUCAGGUGAGUGGCGAUUGGCUUCUGUUGAUGAAGUUAAAAGCAAUUUAGAAGAGAUUAAAAGCAAAGGAGUCCUUGGGAAGUGGAGUAUCGUCCGCGUUUUGGACGGAUGGGCGAUGGGGUCCGGGUAUGAUUAUGAACUCCACCAAGGCUACAAGAGCGGAAUGAGCGAGAUGUUGCUUGUUAAAACCAACCAAUCAAGACCGUCAAAUGGUUUGUUCGAUCCAGAAAUGCACUCCGGAGUGGAGUUGAGUGCAGAAGGAAGAGAAGCUGCUGUUUUAUUGUCUGUUGAUGAUAAAAUUACUGAAGUCGUUCACUUCGUCCUUCACCGUUUCGCCAAGCUAGAGAAGUUGAUCCUCAAGAUUAAGGAAGACCUGGGCUGCGACAGCUAAGAAUGAUGGCUUGCCCUUUUUAAUAGUAUGCUUGAGUGUUGUUCUUCCUCUUACCUCAUGUUUGAAUGCUCUUCUUCUCCCUCUACCUUCAUUCUCAUGUCUACCAACUACUAUGUCAUGCGUACCAAUCUUUUCUUAUGAUUUCUCUAUAGUUUAUAGAUAUCAAUAUGUAUAGCAUAUUAUUUCUCGAUCAA